AAAUUAUUUGUGGGCAGACUUUGCAAUGCAAAAGUCUACUCUCUCUGUUCCCUUCUCUCCUUCCUUCUCUUAACCUUCCCCUCCAAAUCAUCUCCAUAAACUCCAAUUCUGAGGUCAAUCGCAUUCUUGUUUUUGUUUUUUCGAACUCUCCCACCCUAAAAUCACAGUCUCCUUUGGCGUUCGAUUCUCUCUCUCCAAUUUUCUUCUUUUGCCCCUUUUUCUCUUUCUGUGUGCAGUGUUCGUUUGUUUCCUGUGCCAUGGCUUCUGAUCUGGAAGCGAAAGCCAAAGAGGCGUUUGUGGAAGAUCACUUUGAGCUGGCGGUUGAACUUCUCUCUCAGGCCAUUGAUAUCGAACCCACCAGAGCUGAACUUUAUGCCGACCGUGCCCAAGCCAACAUCAAACUCUCCAACUUCACUGAGGCUGUUGCUGAUGCAAACAAGGCAAUUGAGUUAAAUCCUUCUCUAUCAAAGGCAUAUAUGCGUAAAGGCAUGGCGUGCAUGAAACUUGAGGAAUAUCAAACUGCUAAGGCUGCUCUAGAGGUCGGUGCUUCAUUAGCUCCAGGAGAAUCAAGAUUUGCUAAGUUAAUCAAAGAAUGUGAUAAGCUUAUUGCAGAAGAAUCUUAUGACACACCAAUACAGGAGAAGACCACAACACAGGAAGAAUCAGCAAACGAAGUUCAGCCUGAGAAUGUUCUUCCAGAGCAGCCUCCAGUUUCAGUGGUUAAAUCUAAAUAUAGGCAUGAGUUCUACCAGAAACCUAAUGAGGUGGUUGUAACUGUAUUUGCAAAGGGCAUUCCAAGGGAAAAUGUUACUGUUGACUUUGGCGAACAAAUACUGAGUGUUAGUAUUAAUGUUCCUGGAGAAGAUCCAUAUGUUUUUCAACCUCGGUUAUUUGGAAAGAUCAUACCUUCCAGAUGCCGAUAUGAAGUUUUGUCCACAAAAAUUGAAAUAAGACUCGUAAAAGCAGACCCUAUUCACUGGACAUCUCUUGAAUUCACCAGAGCUACAGUUCCACAAAUGGUUGUUGUCCCAUCAGCCACAGGAAUCAAUAGACCAACUUACCCAUCCUCAAAACCAACAAGGGUUGAUUGGGAUAAGCUUGAAGCUCAAGUAAAGAAAGAGGAGAAAGAAGAAAAGCUUGAUGGCGAUGCAGCUCUAAACAAGUUUUUCCGGGAAAUAUAUCAAGAUGCGGACGAGGAUACACGAAGAGCAAUGAGAAAAUCAUUUGUGGAGUCUAACGGGACAGUGCUGUCAACAAACUGGAAAGAAGUGGGAUCGAAGAAGGUGGAGGGAAGUCCUCCUGAUGGCAUGGAGUUGAAGAAAUGGGAAUAUUAGUCUGUUUUCUUGACAACGAUUAUGUAUACUGAGUGUGGGAUUAUGCUGUUGAACAAAAUGCAUAUUUGACUCUUUUGUUAUUUUUCAUGGAGAUACUCUUGGUUAAGACUUAGAUAGUGCAUGGUAGAGUGAUUGUUUUCUUGGGGUCUGCUGGAAUAUAAUGCAGUUCUGGUCA